AAUCAAUAUAGUGUCGUUUUUUCUUUUUAAGCUUUUUAAAACCUUAUACUUUAUAAUUAAACAGUCAAUUCUUAAUCAGGUAUUAUGUCUUCCACUGCUACUUACGGUAAUUUCGAUACACACUUCUAUAAGGGUCAAGAUGAAGUUGAUACUGAUGGAGUAUUAGUCAUUAAUAAGAAAAAUAGGGAAAAUUCUAAUUUUCCAGAAUAUUUACCAACUUGGGAUCCAAAACAAAAAUAUGCUCCAUUAACUUUCUUUAAACAUGAAGAUCCUGGUCUUAGAGCUGAUCCAAACUUUCCUAAUUUGUUUCCAAAGGAUGGUGAUCAUAAGAUUAAAAGAGUUACUCCAAAGUUAGGUUCUGAAAUUAGAGGUGUCCAAUUGAGUCAAUUGGAUGAUAAAGGUAAAGAUGAAUUAGCUUUAUUAGUUGCUCAAAGAGGGGUCGUUAUUUUUAGAGAACAAGAUUUCGCAUCUAAAGGACCAGCAUUUGCUGUUGAAUAUGGUAAACAUUUUGGUAGAUUACAUAUUCAUCCAACUUCAGGUGCACCAAGAAAUUUCCCAGAAUUACAUAUUACUUAUAGAAGACCAGAUAAGGGAGAAUUUGAAAGAGUGUUUGCAAACAGUACCAAUGCUGUUAGUUAUCAUUCUGAUGUUUCUUAUGAAUUACAACCUCCUGGUGUUACUUUCUUCACUGUGUUAGAAGGUCCAGAAUCUGGUGGUGAUACUAUCUUUGCUGAUUCAGUCGAAGCUUAUAAUAGAUUGUCUCCUGCUUUACAAGAAAGAUUAUCAGGUUUACAUGUUUUACAUACAUCUGAAGAUCAAGCUACUAAUUCCAGAGGUCAAGGUGGUAUUGAAAGAAGAAAACCAGUUUCUCACAUCCAUCCAUUAAUUAGAACUCAUCCAGUUACUAAGGCUAAAAGUAUUUUUAUUAACAGACCUUUCUCUAGAAGAAUUGUUGAAUUAAAAGAUGAAGAGUCUACUUUCUUAUUGAAAUUUUUAUAUAACCAUAUUGAACAAUCACACGAUUUACAAUUAAGAGCUUCUUGGGAACCAAACACUGUUGUUAUCUGGGAUAACAGAAGAGUUCAUCACUCUGCUAUCAUUGAUUGGGAUGCUCCAAUCUCAAGACAUGCUUUCAGAAUUACUCCACAAGCUGAAAGACCUGUUGAAAACUUAGAAGAUUUAAAUAAAGAAGUAAAUGAAGCUGGUGAUGUUGCUGCUGCCUUAAAGAAAGUUUCCAUUUUCGAUUAAACAAUUUGUUUAUAUAACUACUUAAAUAUGCGAUUAGAUAAUUAAAAUAAAAU